GCGAGAAGCCCGAGGGGAGCGUUGGCGGCCCCGUGGCGCCUCCCGCAGGCGUCGGCCCCUUCUCCGCCACCCGCGCCCCAUCCCCCACCAAGCCGCCGCGGCCAUGGCGGCGCCGCUCCUGGCCUCGCCCGGCCGCCGCAGCCGCUUCGAGCAGGAGCAGGACCGGGCCGUCCGGGCGCUGGUGCGCAGUGUGACCGGCCUGCCUGAGGAGGAGGAGGAGGAGCUGGGCGGCGGCCGCUUCCAGACGGCGCUGAAUUUCGCUUGGUCCAACUUCAGAUUUCACCGUUUUCUUGAUGUGAACAGUCACAAAGUAGAGAGGACAAUAGAAGGAAUACAUGAAAAAUUGAUAGUUCAUUCUGACCUUGGAAAAGCUGCAAGCUGGAAAAGACUAACAGAAAAAUUUCUGAAUUUGCCACUCCCAAGUAGUGAAGAAACAAAGACAGAUACACACUAUUCCAUACUGUUUCUUCUGUUGUGUUUGUCUGAUUCUCCAUCCAACACCAACUAUGUGGAAAAACCAAGAGUGAAAGAAGUGGAUUCCUUUUUGAAUGAUCUCUGCACAUUCCCUCGGCGGUGUUUUGAAUGCACUUUCAGCCCAUUCCAGGAAUGUGAAUAUGAAGAGGUUAUCUCAAACAACACUAAUUACAAAAAGGAAGAAGAAUUUGAUUGGGGAAAGUAUUUGAUGGAAGGAGAAGAAAUUUACUUUGGCCCAGGAGUAGAUACACCAGAUUGGUCUGCAGAAAGUGAAGAGGAGGAAGACACUCAGCCUUUGAGCAGGGAGGACUCGGGUAUUCAGGUGGACAGGACACCUUUAGAAGACCAAGACCCAAAUAAGAAAACAGUACCUAAUGUUUCCUGGAAAGUUGGUGAACCUGAUGCCCGCAGCUGGCUGGAGCAGCAUGUAGUUCCUCAGUACUGGACAGGAAGAGCUCCUCGCUUUUCCCAUAGUUUGCACUUGCAUUCCAACCUAGCUGCAGUCUGGGAUCACCACUUGUACACCAGUGAUCCUUUAUAUGUGCCAGAAGAGAGAACACUAGUCACUGAAACUCAGGUUAUACGGGAAACUCUUUGGCUACUUUCAGGAGUGAAAAAACUUUUUAUAUUUCAGCUGAAUGACGGAAAAGUGGCUGUGCGGAGUGAUAUUAUUGUAACUCAUUUAACCCAUAAUUGCCUGAGAUCUGUAUUGGAGCAGAUAGCGGCAUAUGGUCAAGUUGUGUUUAGACUGCAGAAGUUUAUUGAUGAAGUGAUGGGACACAGCCCAGAAAGCAUAAUGCAUGGAACAGUUUCCACUCCAAAAAAAACUACUGAAGCCCCCUUCAGAACCUACCAAGCUUUUAUGUGGGCCUUGUAUAAAUAUUUCAUUAGCUUUAAAGAAGAACUUACUGAAAUUGAAAAAUGUAUAAUCAACAAAGAUAAAACAGUCACACUUUCAAUAGUAAUAGAUAAGUUGUCUCCCAGACUGGCACAGCUGAAAGUACUUCACAAAGUUUUCAGCACAGGAGUAGCAGAAGUGCCACCUGACACUAGAAAUGUUGUACGAGCAUCUCAUCUUCUUAAUACUCUCUACAAAGCUAUUCUUGAAUAUGACAGUGUUGGAGAAGCAUCUGAGCAAACGGUAUCCCUUCUCUUCUCUCUCUGGGUUGAAACUGUGAGGCCAUACCUACAGACAGUGGACGAGUGGAUAGUCCAUGGUAAUUUGUUUGAUCCUGCAAAGGAGUUUAUCAUUCAGAGAAACAAAAAUGUUCCAGUUAAUCACAGAGAUUUUUGGUAUGCUACCUACACGUUAUAUAGUGUGUCAGAGAAGAUGGAGAAUGAAGAGAAGAUGAGCGAUAAUGCCAGUGCCAGUUCUGGCAGUGAUCAGGCCCCUUCAAGCAGGCAACACACUAUGGUCUCUUUUCUGAAACCGGUGCUAAAGCAAAUCAUCAUGGCUGGAAAGUCCAUGCAGCUGUUGAAGAAUCUUCAGUGCAAAGAUGGCUCUCCACAGCAGGCCGCGUCAAGAGAUGCUGAACGAAAGAGCUUGUAUACCCUGUUCUUGGAAUCGGUGCAGUCUCGCCUGCGGCACGGGGAAGAGUCUGUUCCAGAUAUUAUUACAGAACAGCAGGCCACAAAGCAGAGCCUGAUAAAGAUGCAGACUAUAGCGGAAAGACACUUGGAACUGGAUGAUGUCCAUGACCCGCUGCUGGCUAUUAAUUUUGCCAGAUUAUAUUUGGAACAGAAUGACUUUCAUGAGAAGUUUACUGGCGGGGAUGUUUGUGUGGAUAGAUCCUCAGAAUCUGUGACCUGCCAGACUUUUGAACUAACGUUGAGGUCUUGCCUUUAUCCGCACAUAUACAAGCAAUACUUGGAAUGCUGUGGUAAUCUCAUGCAAACUUUAAAGAAGGAUUAUAGGCUUGUAGAAUACUUGCAGGCAAUGAGAAACUUUUUCUUACUUGAAGCUGGAGAUACCAUGUAUGACUUCUAUACAUCUAUUUUUGACAAAAUUAGAGAAAAGGAAACUUGGCAGAAUGUUGCUUUCUUAAAUGUUCAACUUCAAGAAGCAGUUGGGCAGCGCUAUCCAGAGGACAGUUCAAGGUUGUCUAUAUCAUUUGAAAGUGUUGAUGCAGCAAAGAAACUCCCUGUCCACACCUUAGAUGGUUUGACAUUAAGUUACAAGGUUCCUUGGCCUGUGGAUAUAGUCAUAAGCUCAGAGUGCCAAAAAAUUUACAACCAAGUUUUUCUGCUCUUACUGCAAAUAAAGUGGGCCAAGUAUAGCCUAGAUGUCUUACGAUUUGAUGAAUUAGUCUGCACUGCAGAAGACCCACAGGUUAAGGAAGGAACUUUGUUAGAACAAGGAACACUUCCUCUGUUUGGACCGCAAACAAAAAGUGUAAAGCAACAAAUACAUCGCAUGUUCCUCUUAAGAGUGAAACUUAUGCAUUUUGUUAACAGCCUGCACAACUACAUCAUGACUAGGAUUCUUCACAGUACGGGCUUGGAGUUUCAGCAUCAGGUGGAAGAAGCCAAAGAUUUAGAUCAGUUGAUAAAGAUUCAUUACAGAUACCUAUCUACAAUCCAUGAUCGCUGCCUACUGAGAGAAAAGGUGAGCUUUGUCAAAGAAGCUAUAAUGAAAGUGUUAAAUUUAGUACUGAUGUUUGCAGACCGUUGGCAGGCUGGUUUGGGGGCUUGGAAGAUGGAAUCCAUAGAGAAGAUGGAAUCUGAUUUUAAAAACUGUCACAUGUUUCUUGUAACUGUUCUCAACAAAGCUGUCUGUCGAGGCUCUUUUCCUCACUUGGAAUCAUUAGCUUUGUCACUGAUGGCCGGCAUGGAACAAAGUUAACAUCUGAGUCCAUUGAGUUAAUAAAGAACUGACAGCUGCAUUUAUGUUGAAAUUCCGUUGUUAAAAAACUAAGCAUUCUACACUCCAGUUUGAAAUGUGUAUAGCUAAGUGAUGCUGAGGUUUUGGACUUGUGUAAAAUACUUCAAAAUGUAAAUAAGGUACAGGUAUUUAAGUAUAUUUGUUGUGGCUGUAUUUUUCUCUGUAUGUAUAUGCUUCAACAUCAAAAAACAUGUACAGUGUAAAAUUCAUCCUGUGUAAACAAUCUUACUUGAAAAUACAUAAAACGUAUCUCAUGCUGUAAAAAGGGUUUAUUUUUUGUUAUAAAUAAUUGCUGAUUUAAUUUUGCAGUUGUGAAUAGGUUACAGGGCAUUGUGGAGUGGUGUGACUCAGUUGUUAUUAUUGAAAAGGUUGGAUGAGUUAUUUUUUUUUUUCCUUUGAAAAAGGCUAAGAAGCAUUUGUCUUGCUUAAUGGUUCUUAAGAACUCCUUGGAAACAGUCAUGACUGUUACAAUAAGCUGAUGUAAAAAAUACAAGAUUAACUUACCAAAAUGGAUUACUGCAGACCAUAAAAUAUUUAUUUUGUUAAAUGACCAAAUGCUUACUGAUUUUAGCGGUAACUCUUGUCACUUCAAGUAGGAUUGUGAUCACAGUGGGUAAUGUAUGAAUUGUAACUAUUGGAUUGUUGAGAUGUCUCACAGGUGCUCCGAAAUGACUUGGCCUUCCUCCUCCUAUAGCUUUUUGUAAACAAACCGUACGUCUAAUAGCUAAUGUCUUGUAAAGCAGGAGAUUAUAACACAGAAGGGUAUAUUUCUAGAGAAGUAAAUGUGGAAUGUGUUCUGCACAGGGUGACUUGCCCUGUCUCCUCUCUGUGAAAGUUCCUCUGUAAUUCUGUCAUCAGUACACCUGCAUCUGAAAAGAGAAAAUCAAUCUGAGCCGUUUUACCUAUUUAUCCGAAUGAUUACAAGAUUUACUAAUUGGAAUUUCUCUGUUGUGUGUGUUUUUUCUGAAAUCCAGUUGGUAACUUAAAGUUUGAGGGCUGUUUCUGCAAGGUAAAGGCACCAGCUGUGCGACUGUGUGGCUCACGUUUCGAAACUGUUUUUUUUAGCUGUGAACUAAUAAUUACUUUAUACGAAAAUGAAUAUCGGGGUUCUUGUUUGAACAGGACAUCUCAAAAGUUUAUUCCAAAUUACAGACAGAAAAUGUUUUCAGGAAAAAUACUUUUUUUUUUUUUUUUUUUUUAAAUACAACACUGGGAAACUUUCUGCUGCCUCCUAGCAUGUUCUUUUUUGUUUGACUGAGUGGAGGUUUUCCUUUAGAGAACAUUAUGUUUGUAUUGUACCUGUUGUUUGUAUAAGCUCCACUACCACAUGACACGGUUUUCCAAGUGGAUGUGUUUUGUGAUAGGUGGAUGACUAUUAACAAAAGUAAUUUGUACUUCCAGUUGACUGUGCCUGGUUCUCAUUUGAAAUUCCAUGGUAUUUAUUGCAUGCAGAGACAGUGUAUGGUCUUUAUUAACUGUUUCUUGCUUAUGCAGAGUAAAGCUGAAUAGCAUACUAAUAGUUUUAAAAGGCAUGCUUGUAGCAGGAGGUUCAGCACUUGUAUGCACUGGUUCAUUACUUUUUAGCUAUGUGCAUGUCUUGUACUCUGUGCUUUUAAAAAAAUCUAACGUGGUUGCUUUCUUUCUCCUUUUUAUACAGUGGUUACCUUCAGUGAAAUUACUGCUUUUCAUAGACUUACUUUGGAUAAUAUUAGCUAGAUAUGGGAGAAAAAAAAUCCUUCAAACCUUCAUGUUGUUGAAACAAUAAUUCCUAGUAAUUCCCUUACUCUGUUUGAAAGACCCCAUACGAGUGAAAGAUUUUGCUGUUUCACCCAAUUUCCUGCUUAGGAAUUAACCUUGCAUUCUGCAGAGAGAGGUGGGUGAUGCCUGCACACCAGUUUUCAGCCAGCUUCUAAUAUUUGUUUGCUCUUCUGUCAUCCCAGAAGCACAGUUGGAAAGUCUGGCUCUGGCCGUGUUGGCUGAUUCUAGUCAUGGACAUCCUCCGUGCUUAGCUUUUUGUGUCAGUAAUACUCAGCUGACAAAUCCCCUUGUAUGGCAUCUCCUUCUCUUUUUCUUUGAAGUCCUUGCUUUUAGUGUGCAUGCCCUGUGACGCCACCAGGAUCUUUUCCUCAGUCCCCUGGUAGUGGUUAAAAAUGGCUAUUUACCUGUUUGCAAAAAAAGAAAGCUUUUAGUGAGGUUUGGGGUAUUUUAGCUGUUUUUUUUUGCUCAAAUGUCCUGUAACGUGUUCUGCUUUCUUUACAGAGCAGUGUUGUUACUUGGGUUCUGGACAUUUUUUUGACUGUGUUUCCAAAUUCCCGUUUUUAUCCAUUAUGUCUGAAUUGAUUUUAAUCUUAACUUUUGGACACUAUUCUUCCUUGACAGAGGAGAGCUAGCAUUUGAUUAUGCUUUACUUGCACUUCUGGAAUUUCAAGUAAGCAAUUGCAGAGACGUUAGAAAAAUGAGACCUAAUUUAUUGCAUGUGUGCAAAAGAUUUGAGGGAGUUCUAUCACAGUCUACUGUUUUGGAAAUUGUCAAGUCUACCUAAAGAAAAGCAUUAGGAAAUACCCAGCAAAGCAUGUAGAAACUGAAAUUUCUAAGCUUCUAAGGGUGAAUCUUUUAAUUUAAAACCGUAUUUUUUUUAAAAGCACACCACGUGACAGAUUUUAGAAUUUCAAGGGAACUUUUUUUAUUAGUUGUUCUCUUUCUGAGCUCAUGGCUGUUGCUUUCACAAUGUCAAAAGGCUAAUCUGUAUUUAAAUGAGAAAAGGCAUGUGUUUUCCCCUAAAUAUGUCUGAUCUAAAAAGCAUAAAAAAAUAAUUAUUUUAUAGUUGAAAAAAAAAAAUUCUCAGUUAUGGAGAAGAGGUUUUUAUGUUUCUUUUCCUUCAAUAAUUCAUUAUCUGGUUAUAGUCAUAGCCAGACUACUCUGUUACUAGAGAACGUGAAACUAGAAAGAUUAAAAACUGUUUAGAUUCUGG